UUCUUUUUUCUCCGAGCGCGAUCAAUUUCUGAGCAUCAAAAGCAUAAACGCUGCUCCUUUUCUCGGUUUACAUUUAAAAGAUCAGGAAGCUUCCCUUUGUAGCAACAAAGCUGACUUUUUUCAAGACUCUUUGGAGCUCUCUGGAUCAUGUGCAUUUGACCUGUUUUCCUUUUUUAGAUCGUUGCGAGAACAGCCAUGGAAGGCAUGGACUGGAAGGGGUGCGUUUGUAGGAUGAGGAGCUGUGUGUUGGAUCUCCUGUCCAUGGAGGAGGAUCUGGAGGAGGAAGAAGACGAAGAGACAUGGGAGCUGAUGAGCACCACCCUUCGACUCAAGUCCACCUUCCUGUUCUGCGACUUCAAUCAAGUGAUCUCCAGUGCCAGAGAUGAGCGCCAGAAGGCCCUCCUCACUGACCUCGCCAACAAGCUCUUCUACAACUUGGAGCAGCUGGACGGUGCUGUGAAGAGCAGAAGCAUGUCUGUGACACAGAGCAGGUACACUGAUGCAGCUCUGGUUCUGCAAGAAGUCGCGGCUGUUCUUGCGCUUUGAGAGAUGCAGAAUCGAUGUAAAUAAGUGUGUGGAGUUUAAUUCGAGGGAGCAGAAUCUAUAGAUGCGUGCUCUGUUUGAUCAGGUCACGCAUAAGAAAAAUGGCUUGAAAAAAAAAAAGAUUAUGGAUUGGCUGAAAAAUUAAGAGUUCUUGUUUCUGAUCA